GGAUAUGUGUUGUCAUGUGACCUAUUCUCAGCCAUCUUGUGGAAUCGGAGAGAGCCACACAACUCGAAUACAAACCUUGUGCUGUCAGUAAAAAGCAGAGAAGUUCUAGGAAGAAUGGCAGAAACUCAGACACUCAACUUCGGACCAGAAUGGCUCCGGGCCCUGUCUGGGGGUGGCCACGGUGGUGGUACCAGCAGUGUUGUUGCCACCUCGCCACCUCUCUCGCCGGCAUUGCCAAAGUAUAAACUUGCAGAUUACCGCUACGGGAGAGAAGAAAUGCUAGCACUUUAUGUCAAGGAUAGGGAGAUUCCAGUAGUCCUACAUGACAAGGAUUUUGUUCCCAUUUUACAAGAGGAACCCCUGCCCCCAUUGGCACUUGUAGCGUUUACAGAGGAAGAGCAGAGAAAUUUCUCCAUGUCUGUAAACAGUGCAGCAGUGCUCCGGCUGAUGGGAAGGGGUGGUCCGGUCGGGGCUGGGGCACCAAGGGGUCGAAGUACCUCCCGGGGUCGAGGUCGGGGGAGAGGAGACGGGGGGUUUUACCAAAGAAGUUUUGACGACGUCGAAGGAGGCUUUGGCCGUGGCGUCCGGGAGAUGCACCGCUCCCAGAGUUGGGAGGAGAGUCAUGCUGAGUCUAUUUUCUCCACAUCUAGGGGAGACAGAAGGUUUGAAAAGCCAGGUCGAAAAGAGCCAGAAGUUGCUCCAGCUCACUUCCCAAUGAAUCACAUCCGUGCUACCUAUGAGGAGGUUGGGACAGGCACUGCGGGCCUGCCUGUGAGGAAGCACGAAUUCACACGCUCUGAGAGCGAGAACUGGCGCACAUCCCGUGACGAAGCGAAUGGUGAGGAUUAUGACGAGGGGGGCUGGCGCCUGGCUGGUGCCUCGCGACGGGACAACGACCGGUGGUGCCCCCCGAGUCCAGACGGGCAGCGGUCAGCAGUGUGGCGGGAGGCUCACCCGGGGGAGCAGCCACGGCAGCGCCGGUUCCCCUUUGACGCCAGGGAGGAUGAGCGUGGCUACAGACCUCCGCGGUCUGGCAGUGGCAGCUUGGAGGAGGAUGGGGCCAGCCUUCCGGAGUGGUGUCUGGAGGAUGCCGAGGAGGAAACGGGCACAUUCGACUCGUCUGGGGCCUUCCUUUCGCUCAAGGUCCGAAAAGCUCCCAAGGAGCCCAUCCUGGAGGAGGCCGAGCUGGACUUCAGACCCCUUGAGGAGUGCGAUGAAGGUCAGGAGGACGAGGAUGCCCAACCCCGGGACACCAAAGACACAGAUGGAGAGGCUAGAAGGGAACCGGACAGAAAAGAGGAUGUGGGACAAGCAGUCGAGGAGGCACCCCCGGUGCCAACGCCUCCAGAGCCCUUGCCCCCCGCCCCCCUGCUACCCCACAGUCAGCCCGAGCGAGCAGAGGAGCCCGACAGGCCAUUGGAGAGGCCAUUUGAGCGGCCCACCGCCUCAGAACACAGGCCAGAGGCCAACAAGGUCUCCCUGCAAGUCCCUAUGUCCAUACCAAUGUCCAGCACAAUGUUGGAAUCCCUCCCCGUCUCCCACACUGCUGCCCACACUCUCACAGUGUCCCCCCUGUCGGCCCCAUCGCCCACAGUCCAGAUGCAGCAGAAGCCGCUGGACACGCCUGUGGCCGUGACUGGCCCCCUGUCCUUUAGCGCCCCCCUCCUGGCCCAGAACGCGUCGGUCAUGGCCCCCAACAUCAUGGCCCACGGGGCCGGCCUCAUGGCGCUCAUCGGACGGCCCACAGCAAUGCCACCGCAUCACAUUAUGGACGAAGACGAGGGACUAAAGCACUUCGAACAGGAGGCGGAAAAGAUGGUGGCGUACCUACAGGACGGGGAUGACAGGCUGGCUGCAAAGAACCCCAAGCCAGUUGGCCUGCCACUCACUCAUGAGGCUGCUCUGAAGUGGUUUUAUAAAGACCCACAAGGAGAAAUACAAGGUCCGUUCAGUAACCAUGAAAUGACAGAGUGGUUCCAGGCAGGCUAUUUCACCAUGACUUUGCUGGUGAAGAGAGGCUGCGACGAGGUUUUCCAGGCCCUUGGGGAGAUCAUCAAGAUGUGGGGCAGGGUGCCCUUUGCCCCCGGCCCUGCGCCACCUCCCCUACUGAGCGAUGCCGGGGACCAAGAGCGCCUGAAGAGGCAGCAGGAGCUGACAGCCCUCAACCUGUACCAGCUGCAGCAGCUGCAGUACCAGUACCUGUUGAGGCAGCAGUACGCCCAGGCCCUGGCCCAGCAGAAAGCCCAGGCCCUCAGCUCGGCUCCCCACCAGCAGCAGCAGCAGCAGCAGCAGCAGAUCAACCUGCUCCUCCAGCAAUACCAGGCCCUCAAAAUGAGAACAUCUGAGACUCUCUUACCUCCUGUGACACGGUCCAUGUCGGUACCUGACUCUCAGGCUUCUGUCUGGGAAAUUCAAAAUGCGUCCUCUCAAGCCUCCUGCACAGCCAACAUCCAGCAACCAGUGCCCAGCGCAUGGGAGGGCAGCAGUGUAUGGGACCUACCUAUUGACUCUGUGGCAAAGGCCCCUACUAUCGAACAAAUGCAGGAGCUGGAGAAGAACAACGCUGUCAAGGUUCCUCUGCCUGUUCAGCUUGAGCUGGAGCGACGGGAGGCAGAGCUAAGGGUCAAGAGGGAGGAGGAGGAGAGGAAAAGACUGGAGGAGGCACUCAGAGCCCGACAGGCAGAGGAACACAAACGCCUGGAGGAAGAGGAGCUGGCACGCCAUAAACAGGAGGAAGCAUCGAGGAGGCUACGGGAGCAGCAGGAGGCAGCGCAGCGCCGACAAAAGGAGGAGGAGGAGCGGCAGGCUCAGGAAGAGGCCCUCCGUAGACUAGAGGAGAGGAGGAGGGAGGAGGAGGAGAGGAAGCAGAGAGAAGAGCUCAUCCGCAAACAGGAGGAGGAGCGCCGGAAGCAGGAGGAGCUGGAAACCCUGAGGAGGCGUGAUGAGGAAAAGCGGCUGGAGGAGGAAGCGGCUGCUGCCUUGGCACGGCAACAGCAGGAGGAGGCGAAGAGGAGGGAGCAGGAGGCUGCAAGGCAACAGGAGCUAGCCCGACAGCGGCAGCAGCAACAGGAGGCGCUCCGCCGACUACAGCAGCAACAACAGCAGCAACAGCUUGCUCAAAUGAAGCUGCCAUCAUCCUCUAAGUGGGGCCAGCAGUCAGCCACCGCAGCAGCCAUCUCCCAGGCUCAGAACGCCCUGUCGCUUGCUGAGAUCCAGAAAGUGGAGGAGGAGAGGGAGAGACAAGCACAGGAGGAGCAGCGGCGCCAGCAGGCAGAGCUUCUGAAGCUCCAACAGCAGCAAGCUCUGCAGGAGGCCCGGCAGCCCCAGUCUAAGCUCUCCGGCUGGGGCAGCGUAGCCAAGCAGCCAGCCGCCACCAAAUCCCUGCUGGAGAUCCAGAGGGAGGAGGCCCAGCAGAUGAAACAGAGGAAGGAGCAGGGGGUUGGGAGCCAGCAGCAGCCCAGUCACACCACCAUCACCCAGCAGAACCGGCCCCUCAACAGAGCCGUUGGAUCCCCUUCUCCCCUCUUCCCCCAGACAACUGCUCUGAGUUCCUCCGUGUGGGGCUCAGUGGCCACUAGUGGCGGGGCUCCCAAUUGGGCGGGGGACAGCAGCAGCAUAUGGGGCGACAGCACAAACUCCAACAUGGGCUUCUGGGAUGAGCCAGUGAAGGAGCCAGCCCAGCCCUUGCCACAGGCCCCACCGCCCACCAGGAAGCCCAAUGCUCAGAAGAACAACAAGAGUAAUGCCAAUAUCAGCACUCGGGCCAAUAAGAAGGUUGAGGAUGAGGAAAAGCUGCUGAAGUUGUUCCAGGGAGUCAAUAAGAGCCAUCAGGAUGGCUUCAUUCUGUGGUGCGAGCAGGCCCUUCACACCCUGAACACCGCUAACAACCUGGACGUUCCGACAUUUGCAUCCUUCCUGAAGGAGGUCGACAGUCCAUAUGAGGUGCAUGACUAUGUGAGAGCCUACCUUGGGGAUACGUCUGAGGCCAAGGAGUUUGCCAAGCAGUUCCUAGAGCGCCGUGCCAAGCAGAAUGCCAACCAACAGAAGCAGUCCCAAGCCCCACAGAACCAGCAGCAGCCACUCAAACAGCAGAAGCAGCAGCAACAGCAGGAUUCAGUGUGGGGCGUAAGUGGAACGGGAUCUGUGUACCAGUCGAACCACACCAGCCUCCAGCAGCAAGCGCGUUUCGAGACAGUCACCUCAGGGAAGAAGAAGAAAAAGCAGAAGAUGGUCAGGGCAGACCCCAGCCUGCUAGGGUUUUCAGUAAACGCAGCUUCUGAGAGGUUGAACAUGGGCGAGAUAGAGACGGUGGAAGACUUUUAAAGGGACUGCUUUGCUGCCAACCCAUUGACUAUAUCCGUUCAGAACAGCUGCCAUCAAACCCCCUCUUCCCUUCCCACCGCAGUCCCCAGUUUUCUUUCCUUAAACCAGGUCCUCUUUUUAUUCUGUUUAAGUUAAUAAAAUGAAUUGAACCAGAAGCUGUGGAGGCUUUCGGAUGAGAGUACCACCCCACCAAGCUCCUUUACACAUCCCUAAUGAAGGCUCCACCUUGUGUGAGACAUGGAGACCAGGCCAAAGGGAACAUUGAACAAAUCAAGGAAUGAAACUUUAAUGGAACAGACCAACCAAUCAACCCAAUUAAAAUGCCAAAUCUAACUUCUCCCAGGAAAAAGAAAAGAGCGCCAACCUGAGGGGAUUUGGAGGAUGUGGAUCUCUCUUCUUCCUGUCUGCCUUUGGCUGUUCAGUCCCCUUAGGUCUCUUGUCUGCAAAACCUGCAACCUUGUCCUGCUGAAUCGUGUGGACAUAGGGUUGGGGUGGUGAGCUAUGUUGGGGAUAAAAUAGAGAUUCUAACCUCUUGUUUUUCAGUUAUUUAUUUAUUGAAAGUUUCAACCCCUCCAUUUUUUUUCUCCCUAUCUCCGUUCCAUUUUCUGCCAGUUGUUCGUGGAUGAUGGCAUUGUAAAAGCCAAGGAUCUGUGUGCCCACUGAUGUCCUGUUUUAAGGACACGAAAGUUCCAAGUAGUUAUCUAUUUCUUGUAAAAUACUAGGCUGUUUAAAGAAUAAACUUUCAAUUCUGCAUCUGUAUUAUAAUAUAUGGGAAUGAUGAACUGCUGGACUCAUACUUUUUUAUGAUGGUAUGAAAUAAAACAGUCUCUUGUGUGGGCUGUUCAAACCUC